AGAAAGUUUUAUAAAAUAAUAUUUGUUUAAAUGUAGAAGUAUAAUAAAUACAUAAACACAAUAACUAAAAGAGCCAAGUCAAAUUCUAGAUGUAAAGUAAAAAUGUAAUAUAUUUAUUACUUUUAAAUCAUUUUCUAUUAAAUUAAAUACUAUAAUACUAAAUUAGUGAAGAAUCACUUGUUGUUUUUUUCGUUGUAUUCGUUGUUGUUUUUUGCGCUUUACGGUCUAAAAUUCUUUGAUAAAGUUAUUGGCGUUUCAAUAACAAUUGACGUCAUCAGAGUGCGACGGCUUCAUAACGGGCGCAGUGUGUUUUUAAGCUAGCGGUGUCCGCGUUUCCUCUAAUAACGGAGAUAAAUAAACGCCGUGCGGUAGUUUGGUCGCUUGAAUCCCGCACAGCGGCUGCAGCUGUGGCUCUCCUGAAGGCGGUGCUUGUCUUCCUCUGAUGGAGAAGCUGCUGCAACUUCCUCCAGAAGUUUGGGUCUACGUGUUCAGCUACCUGAGCACGGACGAGAAACACACCGUGCGCACCUGCUGCAGGUACCUGAAGAGGCUCAUCGACCACCCGUCCCUGUGGAGGGGCGACUCGGUGCUGCUGUCCGACCUGCGCCGCUACACCUACGGCUUCUGGGACACGCUGCAGCACCGCAAGCUCACGCGGGUUGCGGUGCGGCACCUGCGGCGCAAAGAGUGGCGGCGGCUCGUCAAGUUCCUGCCCUCCCUCACCGCCAUCGUGUUCGUGGACGGGGGGCGCCAGUACAAGGAGAAGUACCUGGACAACCUGUCGCGGUUCCCCGAGCUGAGGGACUUCGGGGUGCGCAACGCCACAUGGGACGAGCCGAUGCUGGGGCGGUGCCUGAGCGAGCAGCUGCAGGAGCGCAUGACUCACCUGAGCGUGUGCAACGUGCGGCUGCCGUGCACGGUGGACUUCAUCAACACCGUGUCCCACCUGGUGAACCUGCGGUACCUGCUGUUCCACCAGCAGGGGGAGGGCUACGGGCUGGACACGGUGAGGCCGGUGCCCUGCGGCGUCUUCCACGACCUGCUGCUGAAGCUGAAGAAGCUGAAGCACCUGUCCUGGGGGAUGAGGGGGGAGCCGCCGGAGCCGCUGCCGGAUGACUACCUGAGCCCCCCGGACCCGGAGCAGCCAGCCCGGUACGGCGGCCCGGCGCUGACCACUCUAGAGCUGGUGGAUUACCCAGAAACCAUCCUGCCAGAGAACGCGCUGAGGAGUCUGACCUCGCUCAGGUCGCUGACCGUCCGCUACAGGUACAUCAGAGAGGGCAUCGAGUGUCGCCUCAAGUCCUGGCUGGAUCCUCUCCAGCAGCUGGAGACGCUCGCCAUCAUCGGUGGUAAUUCUCUCGCUGCCUACACAACCACCAUCCCCUCCAGCGUGACCAGGCUGACCCUGCGUGUUGCCAUAACUCUGAAGGACAUGGACUCCAUCGCCCCUAAAGUCCCGGCACUCGAGCACCUCGACAUCGAGCAGAACCGCUCCAGCGGCAGCCUCUGCAGACGGAUCCCCAUGUUGUUCCCUCAGCUCAGGACGCUCCGGAUACGGUUUUUCCGUAGAGAACCGGAGAAAGACCUGCUGAGCCUGCACAGGCUGCGGCACCUGGAGCAGCUGGAGCUGCUGGUGGAGCGCUCGUUCAUCCUGAGAGACUACCUGAACGGCCACCCCUGGCCCAGCCCCUGCGUGCGGGAGCUGAUCAACCAGCUCCGAGAGCUGUCCGAGAACAGGAUCACCGUCAUCACCACGAUGCGCCAGAGAAACCCGCUACGAGAGUGUGACUGCGUGUGGGAGGGAGACUAAAGACGGGGAGUAAAACCUUUUGGAAACUUCCUGAAGUAGAAAGACCGAGUCAACAUCAGAGUCGGGAACAGAAGCACUGAAUCAAAAAAAAACCUGAGACUACAGCUGUUAUCAGGUGUCAAGACAGCCAAACAGGAGGCAACUGAAGGUGUGCGUAUAUAUACAUAUGUGUGUGUGUAUAUAUAUAUAUAUUUUAAGGGCAACUUUUUAGCUCCACACCCCUUGAAAAUUACACACCAAGCGUGUUCUAGCAACCCCAGACUCCUUGGUGAAUUUGAGUUGUGAGCAGUUUAGCUAAAGUAAUCUGCCAAUCUGUUCUAUUAAGGAGAACAGACUAAUCUAACGAACUGAAUCUGUCCGAUUUAAGGGCUUUUAAUGUGAAGCAUCUGCAGGAAAUGUUGAGUUAGACCGAUGUUAGCUUGGCAACAAUCCAAAAAACAUUUAAUUAAUUGGUGAAUUAAACUAGAAAUCAUGUUUUUAAAAAGAGUAAAAAAGUGGGGAAUUUUACAUUUAGUGCUGUGAAAAUGCACAUUAUUUAUUAUGAGGGCAGAUAAACGUGGAGUUUGUGUUAAGCAGGAAAUUGUAGCAUUUAGAAAUACAAGUCUCUAAUAUAAGCCGGUCUCAGAUAAAGGCCGGGGAUUAGUGCACUAUUGUUAAAUUAAAACCAGUAAGACUUGAGCCAGUUGUCAGGAGAUCAGGGUAGCCUUUCUUAUGUUUUUUUUAACUUUAUGACGCAGCACUUUAAGGCUGCAGCUCCUCUCGUCGACACUUUAUUGAGUUUCAUUAGUUUCUCGAUGUUUAAAGCUAAAACUCUCACUUGUGUUCAUUGUUAAAACACGAGAUAUAUAUGCAGAUUCUUUGGCUCCAAACAUCGGUUUCAAACAGAAAAAUCCAUCAACUUCAUCCCAGAAAAUGACAGUUUCUAAAUGCUGCAGCUAGCGAUUAUUUUCAUUAUCUGUAAAUCUACCAGUUGUUUUCUGUAUUAAUCUCGUGGUCUCGUAACAGUGUCAGAUUUCCUAAAGCCACAGUCGUUGUCUUUAGAUAUCUUCUUUUGUUUAACCACCAAUCCAAAACAUAUUCAGUUUACUAUGAUGUAAAGAUGAAGGAAAGCAGCAAAUGUUUGCAGUCUUUCAAGAACAUUUUUGUUUUCAUUUGAAGCAUUAAAAUGGAAAGGAAAAGGAAAGUCAGGACAAGAAGCGAUUUCAGUGUUUACUUUAAAUGACGCUAAUGAUUAAUAUUCUGGUUUAAAUGUUUUGCUCCAGACCGGUUAUAGUUUUUGAAACUGGACCUGAAAGCUGGAGUUUAUUUAUUUAUUUUUUACAUAUACUAAAUAAACGUCUGUUACGUCCAAGCCCUCGCCAAAACGAGUUCACACAAUGCUGGUUAAGCCUCUCACCGCCAGGUAAAUGUAAAUGGCCGACGCCCCUUAAGCCCCGUGGGACAUUAUUAUGUUUGUCAAUUUAAAAGAUAAUUGAAGAAAGUCGCAGUUUAUCGUAAAAUAGUAAAGUAACAUUUAGUUUUGUGUGAAAACGCUCGAUGACCUAAAUUUCUCUCUGUUAGCGCUGUAAUGCUAAGCUAUCGUUCAUUGCUUUGCUUGCUACUAGCUAGGUAACUUAGCUAUGUUCCACACACCUGAUGAUGUGUUUAAUCCUGGUCCUUUCAUCACAUCUUCUCAACAUGGAAGCUGCAACAAUAAAUCAAUAAUUGUUGUCAACUAUUAAAUUAAACGCCAACAAUGUUGAUAAUUGAUUAAUCGGUGAAAGUAAUUUUUCACCAGAUUCUUAAAUGUCAAUAUCUUCUGGUUUCUUUACUCAUCUAUGACAAAACAGGACACUUGAGGACACUGAUAGACAUUUUUCAACAUUUUCUUACUAUAGAGCAAACAACUAAUCGAUUUAACGAGAAAAUAAUCAAUCAAAACAUGAAGUUAGCUCCAGUCAUUGAAACAUUUUGGUUUGUUCUUUGUAAUUACGUAUUUUCAGCAGUCUUGUACUUCGACAUAUUUACGACAAACUGCGAAUUUCUUGACUUAAAUUAUCUUUUAAAUUGACAAACAUCGUAUGUGUAGUUCGGGGCAAAACUAAAAUGGGAUCAAAACAUUACUUAACUCUCAUCGCUGACUACCGUACGUAUUUUUUCCAAAAUAUGGUCCCAUGGCGGUCCGCCGGAAGGGGAGGGACUCACGCUCUCUAUAUGUCAUAAGCACGUGUCCACAGUGUUGUGUAAUUACUCUCCAUGCCAGAAGGGGGAGACAAAAGCUACAAACUGCAGGUUUAACAGCCAACAUUUGUGUAUUUUGAGAUGUAGAGAAAGAAUUUUUCUUCUUUUCCGUCAGCGAACGCACUGCACUUUGUUUGUUUCUCAACAAAGCAAAUUUAAAUUUGCUUUGUUUGUUGCUGACAUGUUAUUUAAUGUCUUUAAGAGUAGUGUCAUUUUCAAACACACAUGAAAUUAGCUGCAGCUUUAAAAUUAUGCCGUGCUGGAAGACUUGAAAGAGUGAUUGUUUUUUUGUGGAUGGUAUUUUCUUAUUUGAAGUUAUCAUUUAAUCUUAAAAAAAGUGUGUAUAAUUUACAACGUGAAUUAAAAGAGAAUAAAUUCUUUAAUUUCA